GCGGGACCCGGCCGCACCGGGGAGGGGCCGCUCCGGGCCGCAGCGCGAGGGCAGCGAGGGCGGCGGGGACCCGGCACCAGGCGCGGCCGGCGGCAGCGACCAUGAUCGCUUUGUUUAACAAGCUGCUGGACUGGUUCAAGGCCCUGUUCUGGAAGGAGGAAAUGGAGCUCACGCUGGUGGGGCUGCAGUACUCGGGCAAGACCACCUUCGUCAACGUGAUCGCGUCAGGACAGUUCAACGAGGACAUGAUCCCCACUGUGGGCUUCAACAUGCGCAAAAUCACCAAAGGGAACGUGACCAUCAAGCUCUGGGACAUUGGGGGACAGCCCCGUUUCCGCAGCAUGUGGGAACGCUACUGCAGAGGAGUGAGCGCCAUCGUGUAUAUGGUGGAUGCUGCGGACCAGGAGAAGAUCGAGGCCUCCAAGAAUGAGCUCCACAACCUGCUAGACAAGCCUCAGCUGCAAGGCAUCCCGGUCUUAGUCCUUGGUAACAAGCGAGACCUCGCAGGAGCGCUAGAUGAGAAGGAGCUGAUUGAGAAAAUGAAUUUGUCUGCUAUCCAGGACCGAGAGAUCUGCUGCUACUCCAUCUCCUGCAAGGAGAAGGACAACAUAGACAUCACCCUACAGUGGCUUAUUCAACACUCAAAGUCACGGAGAAGCUGAGGCUGUGGCUCUCCUCCUUCGGACCAGGGACCACAGUCACCGAACCUGAAGCCGAGCUCCCCGCCCAACCCUAUUGUCUCCCCCUAAACCCACUUCUCCUCACCCAGUGUGGGGAGGGCCCUCUGGGGCUCCUAGAGUCCCAUUCUGCUGAGGUUUGAACUCCUGUUUUUAUUGUAAAAUAAAUUUCAGCCCAUCCGGUCCCCUAACCUCUCUCCCUUCCUCUCUGUCCCGUCACCUAGCCCCGCCUCCCUCCCCUCUCGACAGCCCUGGCCCCGC